AUGGCGGAUAAAAACGCUUCAUCAGAUCAAGUUCCGACAGCAGAACGGGAAGAAAACAUAAGCAGACUCCUGGCGCUGUGCAACAAAAGCGCGCGCGUCGUGCUCCUGGAAUUUGCAAAUGACUUAGCGCAUGCGCGAGUGGCAGCCUUUCAGUUAAGCAGCAGCUGUCUCGCCGCCCUCGCUCGGUGGCUGAGCGCCAAUACUCUUGGCUUCGAGGAACGCUCGUUCGUCAAUGUGAGCCGGGACGUCGCCUUCACCUUCCGCGCACUGCCCCCGCACAAGCUCUCUGAAGCUCUGGACGCGCGGGGAGCAGCAAGUGCUACAGGGGAUCGCCACUCACGGAUGCAGAAACCGCGCGGCGGCGCGAAUGCGCGCUCCGCUAGGCCAGCGUCGCUGGGGACGAAGACAACAGUCGCGGCCCGCCACGGACGCUUGAUUGAAGUCGGCGCCGUGGCGUGCUUUAAAAGUGAUUGUAUUGCAGGUUACAACUGUAAGAAAGGCAAUGUAGUUUUUAGCACUACUCAACUAGAUCACCGGGAAACAAGUGAAGAAAAUGCACUUUCAGCACCUGCUAUAAUUUUGGAAUUUUCUUAUUUAUACAACACAUCGCUGAAUAAGACUUUAGACUUUAAUAGAAUCAGACACAUUUGCCGAGAUGAUACGUAUUACCAUGAGGACAAAUAUUAUUCUGAGGAGCCAUUGUUAAUUCCCAUCUUCUAUCAGAAAUUCCAUAUCUAA